GAGGAGAAUAUGGGGAAGUGCAAAUUUAACGAUAGCUGGCUCGCAAAAGAGGAAUUUUCAGCCUGGCUGAAACGCCUACCUGAUGACAGUGAGGCAUAUUGCACGUUGUGCAAAAGAACCCUGAAACUCGGGACCCUGGGCAUCAAGGCGCUGGAGUCGCACACAAAGUCCACCAAACACCAGGAGUCAGCUAAUUCAGCACGAAACUCCCAUGGAAUUGCCCAGUUCUAUUCAGCAGCUAGCACGUCAAGAAAUACCGGUAGUGUUACGUCCGGCAGUAUUCGUGCUCUAUUGGGCUCCACUGACACAAUGAAGGCAGAAGUUCUGUGGGCGCUUAACACAGUGGUUAAACACCAGUCUUGCAGAUCCAAUGACGGCAUCGGGGAACUUUUUCAAAUGAUGUUCCCCGACUCCACAAUUGGCAAAACAUUCCAAUGCGGGAGAGACAAGACGUCGUACAUAAUCCGAUUUGGAGUGGCAGAGUUCGUCAAAAAAGAUUUCAUCUCAAAGGUGUCCGGGCCGUUCGUGAUGAUGUUCGACGAAAGUCUUAACCACGCAACAAAGAGGAAGCAACUAGACCUGCACAUAAGGUACUGGUAUGACGGCCAGGUACAGUCCCGGUACCUGGGCUCACAAUUUCUGGGCCAUGCCACAGCAAACGACUUGCUGAAGGAGAUCAAAGAAUGUGUGGGCCACUUGGACCUCAGCAAGCUGAUUUCGAUCUCAAUGGAUGGUCCAAAUGUAAAUUUUAAGUUCUUUGAGCUGUUCCAGGCGGAAUAUGCUGACCUGUACGCUGGUUCUCAGCUCAUAUCUGUUGGUAGCUGUGGAUUACACACCGUACACAAUGCCUUUAAAACAGGCUUCUCAUCGUGGCAGGUGGACAAGAUCCUCAGAGCCUUGCACACAUUGUUGCAUAAUGUUCCCGCAAGACGGGAAGACUACGAGAAGACCACCAGGUCUACCCGCUUCCCGUUGGCAUGGUGUGGGCACCGAUGGCUGGAAAACCUGCCUGUCGUGGAACGAGCGUUGGAUAUCUGGUCAUCUAUGCUGGUGUACACAAAUGCUGUGAGGAGAAAGGAGCUUCCAAAUCCUGGCACUGCAAGCUUUGAUGUAAUUGAAGAUGCCCAGAAAAAUCCCCUGACUCUACCUAAGCUGCAGUUUUUCAGGAGCAUCGCCCAGCUAUUUGAUCCGUUUUUAAGGAAGUACCAGACUGAGGAGCCGGUGAUGCCCUACCUAGGCAAAGAUCUGGCAGAGUUGAUCAAGAGUCUGAUGCGUCGUUUCGUGAAACGAGAGGUUCUGCAGGACAUCACCACAGCCCAGCUUAUCAAACUGGACGUAGGUGACAAAAAUAACUUGAUGCCGGUGCACUGUGUGGAUAUUGGCUUGGGUGCUGAGGAAGCCCUCAAGGGGACACCAUUCUCCAACAGUUGGAUGCUGCGUUGUCUGUGGAGUGCAGGCAUGAAGAUUUCAUCUCCUUCAAGCCAAUGCAAAAGAGGCUAG